AUGUCGCAACCGCCUCAAAAGCCUCCGUCAACUCCUCAAGCUCCACUACCAAACCAGUCAGUGAACAAUAUCGAAGGGUUGCAAGGCUUGAUGAGCUCUCUGAUAUCACCCGGACCUGGUACUCCAAUGCAAAACCUUUCACAAGUGCCCUGGACUGCUGGGUAUGAAUGGCAGACUAUGCUGCAGAAUGGACCUGGUGUCGACACGCAGAAUACCAUUCAGACAGGCAACCAAGCGAGCUUUGGGCAGAAUCAGGAAGGUCUCUAUGAGCCGCCCGAUCAUGUAGUUUACAGCACAGCAGGAACGGGUCCACAAGCCUUGAACAUCACAUCUCUUCACAAGAGUGAUCCCGACCUAUCACUCGUAGAUCACUUACGAAGUACGGCUUCCUCAUCUGCAAACCUCAACACUCCUUUACCCGACCAUGCUUUGUCCAAUGGCUCUUCAGUAACAAACAAUGAGGCAUCUAAACAAAAUGAGAAGAAAUUGAACGAAUUGAGGGCGAAGCUUCUAGCAAAAAGACCUAAAAGCUCACGUAACUCAAGCCCUGCCAUCAGACCGACCGCCGACGCCGGAAAAGUCAUGGUUCAAGCCAAUGUAAAGCCCUUAAGUUCUGCGGAUACGUCUGUUGGUAUGGGUAUCACAGACGAUAUCGAGAGUCUAGUGGCGGAGGCCAGAGAUCGGCCGUCACAGCCACGCAAAGGAAAGAAUGCAGCUCUCGUAGAUUCAAAGACAGGGCAAGGAGGCCCUCCGAAAUCCGAAGAAAAUACUACACCAAUGGACAAUCUAGGUUCGGUUGUCAAAAGUCCUUCGAAUGGCGUCCCAAACCCACAUUCGGCCUCUACCAAGAGCAGGGAGAAUGCGAGCGAUGAGUUGCAUUCUAGCAAAGAACUUUACAUUGCGGGCGCUGCUAAGCUACCACACCAUCCGCCGCCACCGAGUGGCAAGCAACGAUCUUCGCCCGAUCUGUCUGAGGGGGAAAUUAGGAGCGACGACGAGCAAAUGCCAGCAGCCAAGGAAGUCGCCCCUGCUCACAAAGUAUCCUUUUCCAAAGAAGCUUCUCUUGAUAGCCAGGAGAAGAGCCGCCGGGAGAGUGAGGUCGAAGCUGCAUAUAGGCAGCCUCCGGCUGCCUCGAGACAAAGCCAAGAGAAGCUUCGGCGCCAGAGUCAAGUUGAUCAAACUUAUUCACCUCUCAAAAAACCCGAAGGGCCAAUCAGCAAGCCCCCUAAACCUCCUCUUGAUACUUCAUCGACUGCUCAACGGAAAGGCUCAGACAGUGCGCAGACCCCCAAAUCUGCUGUUGAGAGGUCUAGCCGGAUUUGGGCCAACCAGAAAGCCCGCGCGGCUGAGUAUGACUCCUACGUCCCUCAGUACCGAAACCCUUCGCUGAACGGCGACCAACAAUUUGCCUGGGCCACCAGGCCUAUUGAUACUGAAGCUAGAAGACGUGAAACAGGACUUAAUGAUAAAGCUGUUCCAAACAAUCGGAACGCGGCUGGCUCCAGGCCGCAACCAGAGCGACUCAUUAGCCACACAGAGACAACCUAUCUAGGAAGGACCAAUGAGGAUGUGCAGGAGGGCCCAAGUGCUCAUACUCAGCAACUGGAUCUUGAAGCUCAGAUCUCGCCUAGGCAAGCAGCCGCUGACACGAACGCCGAUUUGAAAGACUGGUUAGAGCUGACAGAAUACAACGAUGAGGAGUUUCGCAAAAGCAGGCUGGCACGUUUUCGAAAGAAGAAAGAGCUUGAAGGGAUCCAAUUGCAACUUGAGCAGGAGGAACGGCUCGAGCUGCAGCAACGAUCGAUCUUUCGAUCUUCCACGAAUAAAGACUCUGUGCUAGCUAAAGUAGCAUCCACGUCCAGACUGACGCUUCAAACCGCCAACAACGAUACUGCGUCACAGUCUUCUGGCGCAUUACUUGACAACCAGGUCACACCCACUUUGAAGAGGCAUCAUGCUGAAGAUGAUACAGAUAUACGAAACAAAGUCGCUCGCGUAGACAACGAUCGCGUCGAGCAUCCCUUGCCAUCGUCGAUCGCAGACGAUGCAGCGCCCAUUUUUCCACAUCCAUUGCCGCUUGAACAUCGCAUGUCUCGCGACGAUGGCCAAGUUGGUUCUUACUACCGACCGCAAAGCAGAUCGCCAGAAAGAUAUCGUCGUAGAAGUGCUAGCCCCGAGCGCCGGCGCUAUUCCGUUCCCGAACACUCGUUUAAUUGCCACAAUUGUGGUCAGCGAGGCCACAACCAAUACAAUUGUACGUUGCCCCGUCGUGAUGGAAAGGAUCGGUUGCGAGCGCAACAAGGGAAACGCAACGAUGGUAUAAGCUCCAAGUAUCAAGGAAAGAAUCCACAGCCAGGAUUCAAAGAUCCUCGGGCGAAGUUUAGCAACGUGAAUCGUAAUAUUGAUGAUGAAGACAAGAGACCGUAA